GGCCCAGUUGGUACCCGAAUAGGAGCCAGUCUACAUCUGUGACUCUUGGUUGAAAGUGCUCAGUUCAAGAUGAAGGAUCGGCAGUGUCUUUAUUUUGGGAUUUUUCAGCUUAUAAUGUGGGCUGGAGUGGCGAAUGGAGAGUUCUACUCAUCGGUGGAUAGUAUGCAUGAGCUGGCACAAGUGGAAGAAGAACUCCUAAAUGCCACGCGUUCGUAUCUGGAGUCCCAGCAAAAGCAGCUUGACUUCUACCGCAGGUAUGUGGAGCAACUGAAACGGGAACAUGAGUGGGCAACAACCCAGUCAAAACUGGAUGAGUAUCUCGGACAUCCUUUGCACGCCUUCAGAUUGAUCAAGCGCUUGGUUCAGGAUUGGGAUGCGCUGAUCCUUGAACCCAUAGUUGACAACGACGCCAGAGAAGAGUUUAGUGCCCACGUGGAGGCUCUGGGCACGGUCUUCGGCUACCCUGAUCAAUCCGAGCUCCAGGGAGCCGUCAAGGGCUUGGCCAGGCUACAGGCGGUCUACAAUCUCACGGCCUCGCACUUGGCCGAUGGAGUCAUCAAUGGUGUUAGCUACGGCUCGGAUCUACGAUGGCGUGAAUGCUACGAAAUCGGAGUGCAGCUCUUCGAUCUUGGGGAGUAUCAGAGAUCCCUGGAAUGGCUUCAAGUGGCUGUUAUGCUUCUGCAGAAUAGUCCGGAAAAGGAAGAGGAUGUGGAGCACUACCUUUCAGAUAUCCGGGAGUACGCAUCCAUGGCAAACUUUGAGUUGGGCAAUCCGAAGAAAGCCGGAAUACUGCUGAAUCAGAUCCUUGAAUCGCAGCCCACACAUUCCGCCCAGCAGACACGAAAGUAUCUGGAGAGCAGGGCGCUAGGAAAGAUUGACCAGGAGACAAACCCCACUUGGCUUGCCAACUAUACGAUGCUGUGCCAGGGCAGAAGAUUGCCAGAAGAGCGGAGUGCUGAUCCACUGAAAUGCUACCUGGAUGGAAAACGCCAUGCUUACUUCACCCUGGCGCCACUCCAAGUGGAGCCGGUGCACCUGGAUCCGGAUAUCAAUGUCUAUCACGGCAUGCUGAGUGCCAACCAGAUUCUGUCCAUCCUCGACGAGGCAGAGAAGAUGCAGAUGUUUCGAUCCGCUGUUUCCGGAAAUGGCGGCAACAGCACCGUGAAGGACUUGCGGGUCAGUCAGCAAACCUGGCUGGACUACAAGUCCGCGGUGAUGAAGUCCGUAGGUCGGAUCAAUGAGCUCGUGUCUGGAUUCGAUAUGGCCGGAGCCGAGUACAUGCAGGUGGCCAACUACGGAGUUGGAGGGCAGUACGAACCGCAUCCGGACUACUUUGGCGUGAAUCUGCCGGUGGAGUUCAAGGGAGAUCGCAUCUCCACCAGCAUGUUUUAUCUCUCUGAUGUGGAACAAGGUGGCUACACCGUCUUCCCCAAGCUUAAUGUGUUCCUGCCACCUGUCAGCGGAGCUCUGGUCAUGUGGCACAAUCUCCACCGAUCCCUGGAUGUGGAUGCGCGCACUCUGCAUGCCGGCUGUCCAGUCAUCGUGGGUUCCAAGCGCAUUGGCAACAUUUGGGUGCACUCGGGCUACCAGGAGUUCCGUCGUCCUUGCCACCUCACCUCAGACAGCUACAAGUCAGCAGGUUACCAAAACUAAGUGUAAUGUACACAUUAAAUAAAUUAAUAUCUUAGUUUAAUUGCUGCUGA